ACCAAGACGAGCUUUGCCUCCAAUUUGCCAGCCUUCUGCUCGAGUCUUUUCGACUUCCUUACCGGAGAAGGGAACGCUAGCUAGGAAGUGCCCCAAUGCCUCCCGAGGGAAAAUGGAGCUCUUCUUCCGAUGAAGAGGAAGAGGGAGGCAAUGCUGCGGCGAGGUUGAGAAGUCGUUCUUCGAGCUUGCCCCGCCGUGGCAAUGCGAGCUCUGUGCCUUCGCCCGAAACCUUGGCCUCGUCGGAGGAAGAAGCAGGUGGAAGCAAUGUCGGAGGGGAGGGUUCCGGCGACCAGCCCGAACCGGCGAAGCCUGAUUAUGGCCCGAUGUCUGGAAAGCGCAGGAGUUUGAGGUUGAAAACGGCUUCGCCAACUAUGACGUCGGUCAAACCCUUGAACUCCAAACCGCUGAACGGGGGCAAAGCGACAUCCCCUGCAAGUGCCUCAAUGCAGAGGGGAAAGCGUCCCGCGGGCGAUGAUCCGAUGGGCGGUAGCAGCGGAAAGAAGAUGAAAAAGGAUGGGGUCAUUGAGGUGGAAGAUGAGAUGACGGAUGAUGAAAAGAAGGGAGAGAGGAGAGGGAGUAGCGCCAGAACUGGGCAGGGCAAGAAGCAGUCGGCUAAGAGGGUAUGGGAGGAGGAAGACGAAAUCAAGCUCCUUAAGUCUCUUCAGAAAUACACGCGGAAGAAGACAGGGGCCUUGACUGAUAUGAACGCGUUCUUCGAGUCUUCAAGGAAGAACAUGGGAAAGUUCAUCAAACGGCAGGUUCAGGAUAAGGUCCGUAAGUUGAAGAAGAAGUACGAGAGUAACGCGACUGUGGAACGGAGAAAGGGGAAAAUAGCGUUUAAGACGCAUCAUGAGCAAGUUAUUUUCUUGAUCUCGAAGGACAUCUGGGGAAAGAAGGAGAAACGUGUAAAGAGGGGAAAUAACAAAGAGAAGCAGAAGAAGACAGUGUCCGGUCAUAAGUCAGAGGGUCGUUUCCGGAGGAAUAGUUCCGUUGCUAAGAAGCUCGAUUUCCAUGAUGAAAAAGCAAAUUCGCUGCAAAAUGAGGGCAAGAGUUCUGGCCAGAGGCCAGAGGCAACUUUUGUUUCAGUUUGGGAAGAUGAAAUUCAUAUCGAAACGUCGAACAAGUGCAAGGAAGCUGUUGGAGGCACAGUGUCAUGGCGGGAGGAAUUAGGGUGUAGAUGGUUGAGUACUGAUGAACUUAUUGAGAAAGGCCUCAGGUUGGCGGAAAAACUGAAGGUGAACGGUUUUGAAGAGAAACGGAGAAAUUUGGAAGACAUGAUGUGCGACGUUCAUUUGAAGGUCCUGGAGCUUGCUUGCAAAAAGAGGCAGUUGGCAUUGGAAGCCUUCAGGGCGGCCAACUCCGGAGUGGUGGAUCAAUGAUAUGAAGGACGUGCCAUGGCCGAUAGACUCGCAAAAUUGGCACCCUUAUUUUUGAGGUAAUUCCGUACUUGUCGUUGGUGCGUUUCACAGAUUUUUUUUGUUUUGUCAAUGUAAAAACGUGUUGUUACUUUUUGUUUUGUCAAUUAAAACUGUGUUGUUACUUUCUGCUUUAGUCUAUGUAAAAAAUACUUGCCUAUCUUACCUUAUCACCAUACCACUGCCAUCGCUGACACCGAUGUGGCCUGAACUUGAGAGGCAUGGGAAUGGGAAGGUCUUUCUCCGAGUCGUGGGUUGUUAAUUCUGUUGACUCAGAUAAUGAUUUUACUUAAACUGGAUCUAUUAUAUGGGUUGUAUAACUAAAUCCUUGUCUGUGGUGAUGCGUCCAUCUUUUUGUUGUUCUGGUUCGCCAUCAUGUUCAUAUGUCUGCUUUAGACUGUUACAGUUACUUGAAUUGGUCAAUGAGCUUCUUCUUAUGCCUC